CUUGAGAAUUGUUGAUGGAAUUUAACUCAGAGACUAUCUUAGGUUCGCUCAUCUCUUAUUCAGAGAGAGAUUAUGAGGAUGUACAAAAGAUCCUUGAAGAAUUCAAGUGUGAAAUUCAAUCCCUGAUUUCACACCAAAAGAAAGCCUUGAAAAAUGAAGAUCAAGAAAAGAUCUCUUUAGUGUGUAAAGAGGCAGAGAUAAUUCGAUUAAAAAUGGAACAAUAUGCUGAAGACUCUCAACUUUUCUUAAAUUAUUUCAGGUCUAAAAUAAGGAACACCAUGAUUAAAGACAAUGGAGGAGCCUCAGUUGAAAAUCUUCAGUGGGACACAAAGCCAACUAGCUCUUACAUCGAUAUGGAUAUGAGCAAGAUUGACAUAGAAAAAUUGUCGAAUUCUCCAGAACUAAUUGUUAAAGAAAUUAAAGGUCUAAUGAGCAAGAUUAAAGUUCAAGACAAGGCUUUUAACAUCAAACUCGAACAGAAUGAGCACCAGCUCAAUGAUCUUAAGGAUGAAGUAGAACUCUACAAGUCUCAAUUUACUGAAGAGGAACUUAAAUCAUUCCAGAAAAAACAAUCUGAAGUGUUACAAAGAAGGCUUACUAUUUCUAAUGAAGUCAAGGAUCCAAAUCGUAUCGAACUCAAUGAAGAGGAAUUCAGAAGCUUUAUCAAAGAAAAGAUGAAAGGAAGACCCAAGGGGUCAACCUACUUCAUGGAUGGAGUCUUUGCUAUAGACCUUAACUCUAAUUGGACAAGAGAUCUAGUCAGAGAUCUUGGAAGAAAAUAUUAUCUGCCAGAGUGUAUUAAGAAGAUCUACAUUUACUAUCUUGGGAAGGGGAAUACCUUCAUUAAGAUGCUUCUAGGAUCCUCAAUCUGGCACAAGAUAGAUACCCUUGGAAUCAAUGAUUAUGCCAAACAUAAGUACAAGAAGGGGAAAGGCCUGGAUAUCAGUGAAUAUGUGCCUUGACUUGCUAAUGUUGCUAGAAGAAUUGAGAAAAAUCUUUGGCUCUUUUAUUUCAGUGUGUCUACAGAAGACCUUAAUGAGAUAAUGAGGUCAGUCUCACAUAUCAACGAUGGACUCAGCUUUAGAUAUGGCAAUCUUAAUCUAAAUGAUUUCCUUGAUUUUGGAUUUGAAGAGUACAAGAUAAGAUAUUUAAGCUUAAGAAAUUGCAACAUCAAUGAAUCUAGCUAUAGUUUUGGCUUACUAUGUAACGCUAUUUCAGAAUCAGGGCUGAAGGAUUCUUUGAAGGAGAUAAGAAUUCAUGGAUCUUCAUUUGGAAAUGAAGAUCCAUCAAGUACUCUCAAAAACUACAAGCUUUCGCAUAUUACCCUCAACAAAAAGAAGGAGCUUAAGUCUAAAAGCUAAUAUGUAUGUAAGAUCCACUAUUCCUUUCUUCAUCUCUAAAAGCAUGUAGAAAGAUCUAUUC